GUAAAUAUUUGCUGAAAGAAAAGUAAAGACCUGCAUCUUGAAGAGGUGGACUGCACCCUAGUGAUGACGGCACUUGCUGGGUGAGGUCUCCCUUUAAAGCAGGUCAGUCUGCCCAUCAAGCCUGGGAGGGAAGCAGGGCUCCCAGUCCGACACGAACACCAAUAUAUACCAUGGAUCAAGUGUUCACUGUAUGCUCAUGCUUCUGGACAGAACACUUUAUUUGCAUCGUCUCUCUUAGAUAUUACCACAACUGUAUGAAAUAGAACCUAUCGUCUCCAUUUAUGGAAGCAGAGGCUGAGGCUCAGAGAGGUGCAGGAACUCAGCCAAGGUCACACAGCUACUGAAUGGUGAAGCCAGCAUUUGAAUUCACAUAUUUCCCAUACCAAAGGCCAUGUUUUAACCUGCUGCAUUCCCCUGCUUCUGGCUCAGGAGAGCAGGUGUUGGGUGGUACAAGACACAGACUGUUAUCCCAGAUUCCAGCCAGAAGAGGACUUCAGAAUACUGUGCCAUGGUGGCACAGACGGCAGAUGGUGUGGAUGCUGACCUCUGGAAAGACGGCUUGUUUAAGUCCAAGGUUACCAGAUACCUGUGUUUCACGAGAUCGUUUUCCAAAGAAAAUAGUCACUUAGGGAACGUCUUGGUGGACGUGAAGCUCAUUGACGUCAAGGACACUCUGCCUGUAGGCUUCAUCCCGAUUCAGGAGACGGCGGACACACAGGAAGUAGCUUUUAGAAAGAAGAGGCUGUGCAUUAAAUUUAUCCCACGGGAUUCCACGGAAGCUGCGAUCUGUGACAUUCGGAUCAUGGGCCGGACCAAGCAGGCCCCUCCUCAGUACACGUUUAUUGGGGAACUGAACAGCAUGGGGAUCUGGUAUCGCAUGGGCAGAGUGCCAAGGAAUCAUGACUCAUCUCAACCCACAACACCUUCCCAGUCAUCAGCUGCUUCCACCCCGGCCCCCAACCUUCCCAGGCACAUCUCUCUAACGCUCCCUGCCACCUUCCGAGGCAGGAACAGCACGCGGGCUGACUAUGAGUACCAGCACUCCAAUCUGUAUGCCAUAUCAGCAAUGGAUGGUGUGCCUUUUAUGAUUUCAGAGAAGUUUUCUUGUGUUCCAGAAAGUAUGCAGCCCUUUGAUCUGUUGGGAAUCACCAUCAAAUCUCUGGCAGAAAUUGAGAAAGAGUAUGAGUACAGCUUCCGCACAGAGCAGAGUGCCGCUGCCAGGCUCCCACCCAGCCCCACACGCUGCCAGCAGAUCCCCCAGUCCUGAGGGCCCAGGUGCCACCUGCCACUUGCGGGGAGAAGAUCCAUCGGCCCAGACUACUGAGCGCCCCGCCUCGCCUGCUCCCUCCUGCCGCCUUCACACUGCCCAGCGGGGCUUGUCUGGGAGACUCCGGGCAGCUGAGCAUUACGUCUUCGUCAUCAGCUUGCCUGACAUGACACCCACCUCUCUGGGGAUGUUGUUUGUAACCUCCACUAACCUAUGUGUGCUGUAGUGACCAGCGACUCCCAACGUGUCUGUGACGAGCAGCCAUCCUAUAAACAGCCCUACCCACCCCGGGAGUCACCUGAGGACCCUGGACAGGUGCUCAGACCACCCAGUGAUGCCACCAGCUCCCUUCACUCCUGUCACCUGCCACUAAGCCAUCGCUUUCCUCCUGGGAGAGCCUGAGGGGUUGUGGCUUUGCACAGGCCCCUCUGUGGCUCCCUGAACACCCAGCCCCAGGGCUGCUGUGGAACAAGGCCCUCAGUCCAGCAGCAUUAAGUGCCCCCAACAUUUCACGACCACCCUGAGGAACACGGGAAAAAGCAGCCGGUGGCCCAAGUGGACCACGCCUGGCCCCCUGCCCCACUGUGGACAUCAGUGCUUGGACUCAUCACCAUUCCCACACCGGAUGUCCUGAAGUCAGGGAGGACUUGCUGUCUGGGCAGGAAGGCAGAGUGCCCGGUGCUUGCUGCCCAGGACGCUGUGCUCACCCACUUCAUACCCACUUCCCCCAAAGGGCUCGUCUCUGCAGCGCCCACGUGCUAUCAGCAGUACCAACUGCCUCUGCCCGGUGCCCUGACCCAGUGACCACAGCAACUGGCCCUCCCAGGUCCUCGAGCGAGAGGCUCUGUGAGCCACUGCCCAGCCCCAGGGGGACAGGAACGGGGACACAUAGUCACCUGACUUAUGGAGCCAGGAGUUGUCUUGAUUCCUCUGCUCAUAGGAAUGAUUGUUUUGAAGAGUCCUCCUGACCCAGGUCACUGCACCGGGGCAGCACUGACAUUUCUGCCACUCAUGGCCAAGUAGACACAGUGCCAGCUGCCAAGUUCGACUCCUACACGUCUGCCAUGAGAACAGGGGUUGCUGCCAUGUCUGGAGGCUCGGGCCGGCACCCCAGUUGCCUGCCUUGACUGGCUGUUGGUGUCUCCCAUCUUGGGGGGUAACCAGAUGAUUGGAGCUUUGGACAAGAGGUUCGGUGUGUAUCUGGAGGCUGGCAGGCAGCCCAGAAGAGCCAUGGCCAGGAACAGACCCUCCUCCCUGCAGUCCCUGGAAUGGCACAAGGUUAGCUGGGUGGCAACAGGAAUCAGCCACUAGUUAGGAGAGUGGCCACUGGCUAAGAAGCAGGGUGGGGCAAAAAAAAUACCUCAUGUACCUGUCAGCCCCGCCAUCUCCAGCCCCUCACCUCUCGCCCCUGGGCCAGCCCCUCCAUUUUCAUUUUAAUACCUCCUGAUUUCUGUGCAUUAGGGAAGCAGUUGCCUUGCCUCACCUCCCCCAAAACCUGAGGACAUUUGGUGAGACUGGCCUUCCAUUCCUCCCACACAGCAAGGUGGCAGGAAAAGACAGUUUGUGGAACCCACCAGGGCCCGGGAGGCUUUGGGGUGGAGACAGCAGUCCCCAUGAGGACCUUUUGGGAUUGGUGCUCAACCAGGAGAGAGCUGAAUGGUCUCAAAUGUACCCACAGGAAUAAGCUAGUUGUGCUUCUGGGAAAUGUAGGGAGCCCUGUGGGGCCCAGAGAACAUGUGUAUAGUGCUGCUUUGUGGCUGGGUGGCUGGUUCAAAACAAGUGACCUGUGUAACCCAAACCCAAUAGGUGAGGUCCAGCAGGCCUGGGGGGCAGAGCUCUGAUUACUUCUGUCCAGCUCGCUUGGUUUGUGCACUCUGUCCUUCUGUCUCUUUCAUGCCCUGCUUGUGAGAUCAUCUCUGAUGGUAGUGCCCAGCGGCCCCUCUCCCUUGACCAGUGAAUGACCAGGCAUCUCAGCAGCUCUGAUGGGCCCAGAAGGUUCAAAUACGACCAUGUAGGACCCAGUGGCGAGGGUGGUUGUUAGUGAAAGGAGGAGGGGUGUCCACAGCUCCCCAUUCACGCCCCCGGGGGGCCACCUGGAAGAGGGCAAACCUGUGCGGACUUGGGCAAGCAAGAGCCCUCCGCAGCAUUAGACUCAGUCUAGGUAGCGGCAUUGACUGUGAACGUCACAAUAAACGGAGGCUUAAGACAGCCCAGACGGACAGCGUUAAGGCGGCUGUGUGGUAGCUUUUAGGCUGCUCCUAACCUUGCUGCUUUGGCUUGUGAGAGGUGCUUGAGGGUGAGCAAGUGGGUGGGUGACAGGAGGCUGGGGGUGGGUGCCCAGCCCGUGUGAGGCCCUGGCUCACACCUACUAAUUGAAUGACCUUUUGGUUCUUUGUGGGAGGGCACCUUCCUUUACAAACCAUCUGGCCAGGUGGGGAAGGAGGGGAGGAAGGUUCUCUCGGAAACGUGAAGGACAGUGGCCUUGCCCUCAGCCCCAGCACCCUCUGUCCCCCUGAGAAGCCAGCACAGCGUGCCCCUCGCCUUCUCUUCCCUCUGCAAGUUCAAAAUCUCUCUCCAGAGGUCUUGGUAGUGGCACAGGUGAGAGGGACGCACUCAGCUCCAGGUUCACCUGCAGAUUUAUAACAAGGCUUUUCCCCACCCAAGUUCAAGAACUAACAUCUGCCACGACCCUCCUCCACUUGGAGAGGCAGGAACCCCGCUGGUGGGAAGCGACAGGGUUAGACCCCAAGCUGCCUGGCUCCCUGUCGGGAGGGCUGCAGCCUGUCUGCCGGCCUUGCUGAUGACAGGGUCGGUGGUGAGAAGCCACCAAGAUUGGGUUGGGACUGGCUUUUCCGCCUGCCCCAUGUCCUUCAGAGAGGCGGGGGCGACAAGAAGAGUUAGCUCGAGCUAAGCCCAUACUCCUUGCCAGGCAUCAGGCCGGCACCUUAAGCACAUUUUCUCCUGUCAUUCCCCUCAAAAAACAAAUGAACGUACCCAGAUGGAGAAGCAGACUUGUCCAAGGGCACAAGGCUGGUAAGUGGCAGACACAGGAUUUGGAGCCAAGUCCUCCUGGCCCCAGAGCCAUGGUGCCAGCCAUCCCAACAUAAGCACAUGCCUCACAAAGACCUUUUUGUGUCUGGGCCAGUAGCAGACAUCCCAGCCGCCACCAGUCAUGCUGGUGUCACCACACCCUCGACGAGGGCCCCGAGCACAGGUGAGAACGAGAGCCGCCUGCCCGAGCACUCUACCCAGAUGAGGGCUCCCCGGGUCUGCUGGCUGCCCCAUCAUUUGCCAUUUGUGGGGAAGCCCAACCGGCAGCUCCUCUGUGAACCAGGGGGCCUAACAAAGCAGCCACGUGCCUGCUUUGACUGGCUCACUGUCUACUGUAGCCCUGGGGCCUGCAGGAAGAAGCCGGGCACUGCGCUCACCCCAGGCCACCUGGCGCCCUGGGUCAGCCCAGCUUUCCUCACCUGCUGGAAACGUGGCCCUCCGGCAGCUGCAGCUGUCACCACCAUGAGACCGGGUUCCUAUUCUCCCAGCAAAGGGCCAAGCUGCUGUGCGACCGACUGCAGGGCCUCCCACAGGCCACUGCACUUGCCAUAGGAACGGCAUCCUCGCUGCGUGUAUUUAUUCGAGGUGACUCUUGUACUUGGCAAAGGGGAGUUUCACUGUGUGAUUGUCUGUCUCCUUAAUAUAAUUUGUUAAAUAAAUGUUUGUUUUAACAUUU